AUCUCUGAGUCAGAAUGUCAGAUGAUGGUAAAGCAGGAGCUCCUACUGUUGUGUUGGAAGCUGCCACCUAAACCUAGCCAGCUAGCUAGCUAGAUGCCCCCUGUCUUGCUUAAUAAGAUACGAUCUGAUGACGGCGCUGUAUUGAAGAGAACUUAAACUACAAAUUUAAGGAUGGACGGGUUCCCUGGUGACAUGCUGAGUGGGGGCCGGGCACUGCUGGGGGAGGACAGCUCAGUGAUGGCCCGCAUGCAGAAGAAGUUCUGGAAAACCAAACAGGUCCUGAUCAAGGCCACAGGGAAGAAGGAGGAUGAGUAUGUGGUGGCGUCCGAUGCCGACCUGGAUGCCAAGCUGGAGUUCUUCCGCUCUGUCCAGGCCACGUGCACCGAGCUGCUGAAGGUGAUCGAGAAGUACCAGCAGAGAAUCACACACCUGUCCCAGGAGGAGAACGAGCUGGGCCUCUUCCUGCGCUUCCAGGCAGAGCACGACCGCACCAAGGCAGGGAACAUGAUGGACGCCACCAGCAAGGCCCUGUGCUCCUCCGCCAAGCAGAGGCUGGCUCUGUGCCCCCCCCUCCACCGGAUGGAGCAGGAGGUGGAGACGUUCCGGCGGCGGGCCAUCGCGGACACCCUGCUGACGGUCACCCGGAUGGAGAGGUCCAGGACGGAGUACCGCGGGGCUCUGCUCUGGAUGAAGGACGUGUCCCUGGAGCUGGACCCGGACACAUACAAACAACUGGAGAAGUUCCGCAAGGUACAAGCCCAGGUUAGAGGGACCAAGGGCCAGUUUGAGAAGCUGAAGAAUGACGUGUGUCAGAAAGUGGACAUGCUAGGAGCCAGCCGCUGCAACAUGCUGUCCCACUCUCUCUGCACAUACCAGACCACCCUCCUGCAGUUCUGGGAGAAGACAGCCCAUGUCAUGUCUGGGAUCCACGUGGCCUUCCAAGGCUAUGUACCCUACCAGUUCACCACUCUGAAGGACCUACGGGACCCCCUGGAGCAGCUGACUGAAUUACAGACCCAGGAGCAGAGCAGAGAGAACGCUGUACAGAGCAACACAGACAAGUUUGUCUUCAUCGCCCGAGAGGCCGGUGUUACGGCCCUGUUCACACACAUUCUCGUGUCCCUGGACGAGGACAAGCCAGCUGCGUCUCCCUCUGACGUGGGCCCCGCCCACAGCGGGGAAGGGCAGAGCCAAACCAGUGGCAGUUCUCUGUGUGCAAGUCUGGACUCUGCCCUGUGUGACCUUAGUGGGCCGCUCAAUGCAGCCAGCGUCGACGACGACCUCUUACUCAUGGGCUGUGACCAGCCCCAGGCCCAGCCACACCUUUUCCAGCAGCCCCUGGCCUCUCCACCGACUACAGAGCCCUCUGCUGAGCUAUGGGGCCUGGGGGAUCUGCAGCCCAGCCUCACAGAGCUGCCUCUCCCUGGCGGGGACCUGCUCUCCGGAGGCCCCAGCCAGCAAGAGUGGUUCGGGGCUGGAUUCAGAGCGGGGCCCGAGGCCGAACGGAGGCUGAAGGAGGAGGAGGACAAGGAGAGGGGUGACAUGUCCUUCCUGAAGGACCUCCUCAGCCCAGGCCCUGGGGGCUCUGACGAGUUCAGCCGUGAAUGGCAGGAUGCCUUUGGCCUGUUUGAGUCUCCCCCUGCCCCCCCCCCUGCCCCCUCCCCGACCUCUGCCCCCUCCGAUGGGGCGGCACGGCCUCCCUCUCAGCCCCCCAGCCCCACAGGCUUCCUGCCCUCCCAGCUGCUGGACCACAGCCUCAGUUCCACAGGCUGGGCAACCCCGCCCAUGUUCCAGGCCCCGCCCCUACAGCCUCCGCCCUCCUCCAAUCAGAACCAGUCGUCUCAGGCCGGCCCCAAGUCAACAGCCAGCGCUCCUAAAGGCGGAUCGAGGGACAUGUCAGCCUGGUUCAACCUGUUUGCAGACCUGGACCCUCUCUCUAACCCAGACGCUAUUGGCCGCUCUGAGGAAGAACUGCUCAACGCCUAAGGAGUGUGUGUGAGUCCAACCCUGUGUGUGUGUGUGUGUACACUCCUGUGUUUAAAGAGCAAUGUCCUCCAUGUGAGGAAAGGACAUUUGUACAUAUUUGUAUAAAAGAGGUACACACACACACACACACCCACCCAGCACCAGCGGCGAUAAUCGUGAUGUGGAGUGACUGUGACUGUGACAGUAGACCCCGGUGGGAGACUGGCCCUCUACAGCGCUGUGGAGGACCCACUGCUGCAUGGAGGACGAGAGGUGUGCUCGAAGGGGUUCAAUGUCACACAAUAUGACUUACAGGAAGUUCUUGUUAGGAUGUUCCGCUUGUCCUGUCUUUCGAGAAAAGGAUGAAGUGGUCUCUGUGUGUUGUGUAAGAGUGGGUUUAUAUAUUCUCUGUUCAUUAGGGUUUGUGUUUGCAGUCUACUGUAUUCUUUCUGAAAGGGACCCGGGAUGGGAAAUGGUUGGCUUUAACUUUAUAUUUAUUUCUAUAUUAUAUUAUAUUUAUGUAUAUAUUUACACAUAUAUCUAUACCAUAGGAGGCUAUCGAUAACUGAGGAGCACAUUGACACUACUGCACAGAAGGCCUCAGAGGUUAACUAGACACUAAUCUCAUAUCUGAAUUUGUGUAACAUGGCUCAUAAAAGAUUUUACGCAAGGCACCUACUGUCUAUGGCCGGGAGUAUUAUAUUUAGGAUUCCAUUGGCCUUAAAACAUAUUAUACAUACCUUAUUAUGGACAUGUUAUAUGUAUAACUAACCAAGGACAUACUGUGUAUCUGCAGAAUAUUGAAUAUUUUCAGACCAUAUCAAUAACUGCUGCUUAGCCGAGAUGUCUAUUUUUUGCCGUGAGCUGCAGCGGAAGAGAGGAGCCCUGACUCAUGAUCUGUUAACAAUCUAUUUAAUCUAUUGUAUGGAAGAGAUGGGUGCUGUAUUUUUAAAACUACUGAUGGACAUGUGUUGGCACUGGAGUAAAAUACCAGGAUUCUUACCCCUCAUCUUGGUUGAAGCUGCUCACGAGGGCUCAUGGAUCUCACAGCAAGCCCUUCCAUAGGGGUAAUGAAGGCCUGGCUAUGGUUCAUUACCCACUUGAUCCUGCAGUGGCAGUGAGUACUUUCAACAGGUAUGUUUCCCCAUUAAUGGUGUAAUUCAUUCAUUUAUUUGUCAACUCUUGUCAGGGGACAGAGUCUGCAGCCAUGCAAUCUUGUACUUCCUGUCUCGAUUACUUCCUGAGACAGAUGUAAUUGGCUAGGAAGGGAAGACCACAGCUGAUUGUUUGGGUUAAGUAUCCAACACAAACUCAGACAGGUAGCAAGUAGACCCCCCCCCCCCCCGCAGGAGAAGGAUGUGGUAAUACAACCCAAUUUCUUUCUCUUCAUGUAUGAAUGUGUACUGCCUCUGCAGGGUAUGGAAAGGUCCAGAUACCAGAGGAAACACUGUCCAAUAUACUGUACCUCAUAAAGGCUGCUACAGCAGGGGAAACGUCCAUCUGGCAUCUCUUUCUGACACAAUAACCUUUUACUACAAUUGCCCUGUGAGCAAAAGAUUGUAAAGAGUUCAUUACAAACUCAGCUGUGUAUCAUCAGUACAAGGGGAUGGAUUUAUUUGCAAGGUGCAGUGCGUACAGGAGUGUAUUGAUUAGUUUGAUCUCUAUAACCAGUCUGUGAUGCAGUAAUUAUGCUCUAUUAAACAGAUAAAGAAUGUAUAUCAAUCACAAAUGCUUUAUUUGAUUCAACUAUGCCUUUUUAUUUCACUCAAAGGAUGUACCGUCGUCUGAUAAAACUGGAGGUCUGUCUCCCACAAACAUGUUUAUGGGACUUCAAUAAAUAAACUGUUGUUUCCGCUAA